AUGAAGCUUAUUUUCUACAAACUCACUGAGUCAUCACCCGAGUUAUUCCACACUCUCAUCCUCCCAAAGGUCGAGCUCUCUCACUCCCUUGUCCUCCGCCUUUACCUCCCACUCGCCCACCGCCUCAAGUGGGACCCACAAGAUCCAAAACCGUGCAUCGUCAUCUCGAAGUAUGACACAGUCUCGCUCACCAUCAUAAAGACCACUGCAGACUUCUCCUCUGUAUUCCGGCAACGGACUACGUCCGGCCACCGAGUUACAUCCUCUGGUACUCGAGUUAAUGUGGCUGUGCUUUUUCUGAAAGUCACAUUAUUUCCGAACCAAGGCUUCUGCAUCGGCAUCACAUCGCACCACUCUAUCCUAGACGUACAUUAUGACAAAGCCAUGGAAUCUCCUCUUAUACCAGAAGAUCUAACUCCGAGUUUUGAUUGUACCGUUAUCAAUGUUCCACGUAGACUUGAGGCAAAGAUGAUGGAAUUUUUGUUGUAUCUCUCGAAGGACAUCGACAACUUAAGAAGCUUAAAGCCACCUCCCGCGGAUCAGUUAAGCGAGAAACUCCGAGAGCGAGCCAAGAAAGACUCACCUCGCUCUCUCCUCGAGCUUCACUUGUCAACCUUUGUCAUCGGGUAUGCUUACGCAUGGACGUGCCUGGUGAGAGCGCAUGGAGGCCACGCGAACAGACCAGUAUAUUUAUUCUAUGUAGCUGACUUCAGGCAUUGGUUUAAUCCGCAAGUUCUAGCCACAUACUUUGGGAAUGGCGUGUUUCCGACAGGUUGCUUUGGCUACGAAGCGAGGGCAUUUUUGGAAGAAGAUGGUUUUGUUAAAGCAGUCGAGAUUCUAAGCGAUUUGGUGAAAAGAUUGGAUUCACAAGGGAUAGAGUCACACCUUGAGGCCUACGUCGAGGGAAGGAAUAAAAUAAAACAGGGUGCACAGAUCGGGACAGUUUCAGGUUCGACCCAGUUAGGAGUACACGGGUUGGAUUUUGGGUGGGGAAGACCCGUUGAAACCGAGUUUGUGUCCAUUGACCGCAACGAAGCAUUCUCUAUGUCAGAGAGGAGAUAUGAGCCUGGUGGUGUGGAGAUGGGAGUGUGCUUGAAGAUGAGUGAGAUAAAGAUCUUCCUUUCUUUGUUUAAAAAUGGCAUAUAA